GUGAGCUAUGACGCAACACGCGCACCCGUCUGACUCCAGCAGCUCCCUCAGAUAUCCACCGGUCCACCCGAGAAGCACGAUGUGACCGUGACAUACACAGCCACCUAAAGACAGAAAGACAACAACAUUCUCCUUCUCCGUGUCACUGAGUGCAGUUAUGUCUGAGACGCCAUGCCAGAUCUUUCGGGGUGUCUGCUCCUCGCCGCGCUGCUGAUUUUCUGCGAGGAUGGGUACGUGAGGAGAGCGGAGGGUGGGGUGCUCGCCUCGCUGUCGGAGGAGGACAAUGCCCGCGACACACAGACGUCCCCAAUCAAGGGACAGGGGGAUGCGACGGUGCCUCCAUCAGAGUCUCUCCUGACCCUGAAGAUUUGGGUUAAAGAUGCGUCUAGCCAGAGGUUCCUGAAAGGAGCUCUGGUGGGUGUGUUUUUGAAUGGAUCCCAGAUUCACUCCAGCCAGACUCUGGAGAAUGGAGAGGUCACGGUCACUGUCCCAUACCACCUUGGCCUGACCCUCACUCUGGUGGCCAGCAUGGAGGGUUAUGUACUCACCCAGCUGCCUUGGAAAACCACCAAGAUGCCCAUUAUUUCUGUUAUUACAAUGUCCCUGCGCCCUCAAACACAAGGGAACGUCUGGCUCUUUGAUGAUACUGUGCUGAUAACUCAAAAAGCAUCUGAUCUGUCAUUUCAACCGAGUGUGCAGUUUCCCAAAAGUCUCCUCAAACUGUCUGAGAACACUACCAUCUCCAUGUUGUCAGCCUAUCUGACAGUUCCAACCCUGCCUACAGAAAAAGACUCAAAUUUCUUUACUCUAAACCUGAGCGGUAAAGGAGGUUAUAGGAAUGUCAAGUUAAACCCCUUGGCUAUGAUCAUUGCCCAGUUAGUGUCUAAUGGAAAAAAGGUUGACGUCAAAGGACCCAUUCAGCUCAAAAUACCACUACCCUACAACACCCACAUGCGACCGUCUGACUCGCUGCCUGCGUGGACCUUCGACAUGACCAUAGGUGAUUGA